AAAUGCUAAAAUAGUAUUUGGUACAGUUAUUUGUAAAUCUAUUGAUACUUACAGGAAAGAAUAUUCGCUAUACAUAUCAAUCGGGUUGGAGACUAUUUGUUUAUAUCUCCGUUGCGAUGCAAAUAAUCAGGCAGGAGCUUGCUUGAGACCUGGGAAUCGAUCUUCAGGUAAUGGUUAAUCCUUUUCACCGGUUGAUUGCUCUCUACAAUCAAGGACGAAACGUUUACCCUCAUCAUUAAUUAUGUUUUGGGUUUACUUGUGGUAACAAACACUUGCUUCAAAGGUGAGGAUAGCUGUGCGGCUCGUUGCUGACCAUGGAUGACACUCUGGUGUCGAGGAACAAGAGCAGAGCCAGGAUGCAACAAGUCAGUUCCCAUGGCAAAAAACCAUCUCGAAAGACUCCACGAAGACCUGUUACGCCAGGGAAAUCCAAGAAGACUGGUCAUGAGCAGUGGAUGACGGCUCUGAAGAAAAGACAAGCUUUGACGUUAGCGAACACAUACAGAGCCGCCAGUCCCAGGCGCAAAACCCCAACUGAGUUCUUCGUAGACACGCUCAGGAAAACAGGUGUCGGUCUGAGUUCAGAGACCAACAAAAGCCAGUCCAUGACCGGUCUGAAGGGGCCCAACGACCGCCAAUACCCGUACAUGAGCACGCCGCACUAUCUACGACAGGUCAUGGGAGCUGAGAGGGUACCGAGGUCAGACGAUCCCGCUGCCCGACCGAGCGCUGGCACACCCAACUACAAGUCUCCGGAGGAAUACUAUGAUGAAAUUCUUGGUCUAAGAAAGCAAAUCGCUGCGCUGAACCAUGACAGUGCCACCAGUAAAACGAAGAUUCGCCGUCUUGAGGAGGACAAUACGAAAAAGGAAAAAGAAAUUGAAGGUCUUCUGAACCCUGGAAAGAACGGAGAGCUGAGGCGCACGUUGGGUGACAGACAGGCAGACUCCAGCGCCGUGGUGCACAGCCUCAAGCAGAAAAUUCUCAAACUGGAGCAGCAGCUGAGGGACAAGGAAGGAGCCUACAACAAACUUCAAGCGGACCUGAAGACGACCAAAUUGGAUGAGAUGAGAGUUCAGAUGGAGGCGAUGUACGCCGAGGUUCUCCGACUGCAGAUGUCCAGGGACACGGGGGUGGAGAAGAGCAGAGGUGGCGACACGACCGCCAAGGUCAAGGCCUUGAACGAGACGGUGAUUCGCCUGAGCAAGACCAACGAGCAAUUACAGGUGGAGAACAAAGCUCUCAAAGACGACCUUCACCGGGCGCUGGAGGACUCGGAGGCCAAACUGGACGUCAAGAGCAAGGUGGAUCUCCAGGGGUCAGUGGAGGAUAGGCUUCAGCAGCUGGACCAGAGAGAGACGGAGCUACUGGACGAAGUUGACCGCCUCAAGUCCAGUCUCCGCAGACAUCGAGAUGACAAGAAAAGGACUGACGACGGCUCCUCCCUACCACCCACCCCGAGAAGGAGACAAAGCAAAGCCUAUGAGGACGGAACAGGAAGCAGACCACAAAGUGGGCGAAAGUCGUCUCGUGUGGAGGCAGGGUCAAGGCCAACAAGUUCGCGGUCGCGCGACGGACGAGUGGAGAAUUUCACGCAGAAGCACGCAGCCACCAGCAUCCAGCGACAGUGGAGAAAUCGGCAGCAGCGGAAACAAGAGGAGGAGCAGCGGCAAGUGGCGGCCAGGAAGAUUCAAAGCGUGUGGAAAGACCGGAAAAAUAAGCAAAAUGUUCAGGCCUUUAGGGAAAAUCGUGCCGCAAAGAAAAUUCAGCACGAAUGGUUGGACUACAAACACCGGCGGUAUGACGACGAAGUAGAUCAGGCGGCCUACACCAUCCAGUCCGCCCUGAAGGGACACCGGGCCCGCAGACAACGCAUGAAGGACUGGGAUCCCGAGGACUACGAGUCGAGCGAGACGGACGACGGAGUCUUCCUGAUCCAGUCCAGCCUGAGGGGCCACCACACCCGCACACAUCAGCUACGCAACUGGAGGAAUCAGUACAGCGACGACGACGCUGACAGUGUGCUCAGCGGGUCGUACGGGCGACGCCUCAGCCGACCGUCCUCCGCCCAGCGACCGUCGUCAAGCGGACGUCCUAUGUCGGCGGGACGUGCGUCUAUAGGCAGCCGGCCGGGCACGGGACAGAGGCCUGGCUCAGCACAGAGGCCACUCUCAGGGUCAAAGAGAGGGUCCGUGUCUCACACGUUCAAAGCGCGCUACGACGUCCCCAGUCCCAGCCACCUGGACGAUGACGACGAUGAUGACAUCAUGAUGUAGCUGAGCAGAUUACCGACGAAUGUCUCUCCUGUAUUGAUGAUGAUGUCAUGAUAGAACGGAACAGAUAACUCUUUGCAGUCUCUCCUCUGCUGUGUUCAGGGAGAAUCGAAUAUUUUCAAAUGAAAGCAGUAUUGGCUUAUGAUAGAAUUCUCAAGGAAAGAGAAAGAGAGUAAGGCCUCAAAGAUUGAAAACUUACGGCUUGACAUAUGGCACAUUGUUCUUAACUUGGUCUUAAGAUCGCACCAUAUAGCAGCAGUGUUUUAGAGUGUUACAAGAAAUCUGAUAGCGUAACAGGGUUGCACUCUUGACCUUUGUAUCAGUCACGGGGUGACCUUCCAAGUGGGCAGUUGAGGAAAAUCUUGAUGGGACGUCGCAUCAUGAAAUAAUAUCAAGAGGCUAGCCCCGGAUAGGGAAAGGUUGAAACUGUUUUGUUUGUGAUCUUCGAUCAGUGGGCAUUCAGCAUGGUUCGUAGGACUGAAAUAUCGGUCCGCUCUCUCGGGGCCCACAUAUAAUUUAUGUACAAGUGAGAUAUUUGUAACUAAGUUUGUUCUUACUGUAGGAACUGAAUAAUAUUCUCUGGAGGAGGUGGUGUUUUUUAUCAGCCCAGGUUGAAACAGUCAUGUCAUGUGAUUGACACUGAGGGAGCUAAAAUGAACUUUUCGCUGUCUUGAGUUUUAACCCCUUCACUUCCGUGCCCAAAACUGAACGAGCUCUUACAUGAGAUAAUACUAUAGUUCUGGCAGUGUCGGGGUUAACAAAUGUCAAUAGCUACCGUUCAGAUCCGUCCUGUCCUCUGUGACUUGUAGUCUCCAGCACUUAUAUAUACAGACUAUUAUUUUAGUUUUUGUAGUUUACUCAUGGUUUAUGGAAUUUUGUUUACUGCUGUUUUCAAGGACAGCUAUUUCGUAUUUUGUGUAACGUUUUGUUCUCCGAGAUAUUUACUACACGCGUAGAGAUAUAUAUGUAGAUACAUAAUAUAAUAUUUAAGUAAAUUAUAGUUCAGAUUUGUUGAUAUAAUUUCCUAUUGUCAAUGUAUACCAUAUGUUACUCUCGGUUGUUUAUGGAUCAAAAUUAUUUGUUUUUAAUUGAUUAAUUUUGGUAAUGGUAUUCAAUUUUGGAGAUCAUUUUUCAACAGUGUUCAUACACUUGUGUAUAUGUGUGUGUGUGGGCGUCUGUACUUACAUGUUCAUGAAAGUUUUGUUGGUGCAUUUGUUGUGUGUGAUUGGGACUGUGGUUGGGUGAUGAGGAAUGUAUGUGUGUGGGUGUGUGUGUGUGAGUGUGUGUGAGUGUAUGUGUGUGUGUAUAUUUGUGUUUGUGUAUGCGCAUGACAAUAUAUAUUGUAAAGACCGAUGUUUUUUUGUGUCCUAGAUGAUAUUUAUUGUUUAAAACUUUCAGUUUAUUGAAAUUUUUCUCAUAUGAUCUUCAAUCAGUGGGCAUUCAGCAUGGUUGGUUGGACUGAAAUAUCGGUACACUGUCUGGGGGCCCACGUAUAGUUUACGUACGAGUGAGAUAUUUGUAACUAAGUUUGUUCUUACUGUAGGAACUGAAUAGUUUGAUUCUUCCACUACAACAUGCCGACUGAUUAGUUCAACAUCUUCUCAUUCAUUGCGACGCAUCGCCUUGACUAUUUCCUCUUUGAAUACUUGAAUUAUUCCAGUCUAGACUUUCCUAAUAAUGUCCAUGUUUUGAUUUUAAAAUGUUCUUUUUUUUUUAGGGGGGGGGGGGUUCCACAUCACCUGUCAAUUUUCUUUCAUUUGAUGCAUAAUAAGUUUUAUUUUGCUGAACAAAAAGGUAAAUCACUUGACCAACCAAAACUCAUAUACUCUACAGGUGCCUGCUGGCAGAAUGAAUUACGUCCAGGAGGUUAAGAAAUUAUGUAGUGAAUGAGUUAAUUUUUUUAAGACAAAAGAAAGUUGAACAGAUGAUUUUGUGUAAUUUAAAUAGAGGUUCUACUAUUUUGUACAAGUAUCGCUGCUAUAUUUAUUCUAUGUGUCUGCAUGUGAUCGUGUGAUUGGCUCGUUUUGUGCAUGGUGCGCAGAGACCUCUGUACAACUUUUUUCUUCUUGUGAACAGACUGCCGGUCUUUCCUGUCUGUUUUUCUCUUCCAUUCCCCAUUUGCUCUAACUGACAAAAUAUUGCUCAAACUGUUGAUCUUAUUAUUCUGCUGUAAUUAAUAUUCAUGACCAAUUUUUAUCGUGUGUGUCAGUGUCAGUGUGCUUUUUCAUUGUCUGUCUAAUUUUUUCCCAUAUUUCUUGUGCUCUUGAAGUUUUGGAUGGUUUAUAUAUAGAGGUGUCUUGAUCAGGUUUAUAUUUUGACAGAUAUUUGUGGAGGCAUUAUACAUGAUUUCGAGUUGGGUUUUUUAAAGAAAGGGUAAUGUUACUUUUUCUAAUCUAACUGUCAGCCCAAUUCCGUUAGUUUUUCAGACUUGCCAGUGUAUAAGAGAAUCAAUUUUUCUAGGCCAAAGUGUAUUCUUCUAUACUUUUUAGUUUUGUAAUAUCUUUGUAUCAUGUGAGAAAUUUGGUACUUUUCGGAGCAUGAAUUUGAUCCACUUGUCUUUCUUGAUAAUUUUGCACCGCUGACAUUUUGUUCAUAGAACUCAGUCAUGUAUGUGUGCAAUGCAAAAGCUUGUGUUAAAUCACAUGAGACUUAGAUUUGGACCUAAGACAGAUAAGAUACAGCUUGACAGAGGUGGAGACUAAAGCCCGAGAUGGAAAUAAAUAGAGAACUCUUGCUGGUGGCCUGCUCCAGCGCGGUAUGAGAAAGGAUGAUGAUAAUUUCACUUUUCCUUUUCCUUUAGUGUCAUUGAAUAUCAUAGACAAUUAUGAGUAUUGGCUCAGAGACAGUAAGCGCUCAUAUGACCUUAUGCAGUUGCGAGCGCCGUAAAACCAUAUACUAAAAAUAAAAUAAAGAGACAGUAAGGUUGCAAAGCUCACCAUUUGAUUCUGAACAAAGGAUUAUUCUAAAGGAUGGCCACUCUUUUAUUUGAGGAACUACAUAACGUUGUAAGAUUUUCAUGUGUAUGAAGCCCAGAAAGCCAAAUUUUUCAGGAAGGAGAAAAAACUUAUUUUUUCAACAAUUGUACAGAAAUUAUGUAUCUGUGCUUGGUUUCUUUUUUUUUCAACAUUUAGAAUUUUAAUUUCUACAAAAAAUUCUUUGAGCACUCACAGGCAAAACCACAGACUAAGUAAGUGCAA